AAUGGAGAUCCGAAGUUGGCUCGUGGAGAUGUGAUUUUGCGGAAGGAAGAUGCGCAACAAUCAAGCGCUGUUUUAAGGGCACGCGAAACAUGUGGGUUGAAAUUCCUCACAUGUCAUUCCUUCCGCAGUUCAUCUUCUCAGAUGCCCACGCGUCCCCUCCCCUCAAAUCCCAAUCUAACUCCUCUAGAUUUUAUCGCCGAUCAUCAUGACACGCUCUCAUCUUCUAUUUCUAGAACACAACAGGGGAGGAGUGGGUCCCAGUGGCUCUCUCUCACACCCUCGUACUCGCCCUUGUCUGUGAAGGCGCCAGUUUCCAAUCCGCAGCUCCAGCUCCACUCCCUCCAAGUCAUGCUCAUUGUCCGCUCCGUCUGCCGACGUUACUGACAAGAACAACAAUCAUCAUCAUUAUCCAAUGGGAGAAGGCGCAGAGUUUCACGACUUUCGUGGAUCGCCGGAUAAACGGAGCAUCGCAGAGAGAAGGGGCUUCGGCUCCGGUGCCGGCAGAAUCAAUACGCCCUGCUUUCGCACCGCUAGCCCACUUGCUUCGCCGGCAGUUCUUUCCCCCCGUGUCACUAUACCCCCCGGUAUUAGUCCCACGGCCUUGCUUGACUCUCCCAUCAUGCUUCCUAAUUCUCAGGCAAUGCCAUCUCCCACCACCGGAAAUUUUCUGCUGCCUCCUCUCACUCAGCAGGGAUCACUUUUCACUUCCGCCCCUCUCGAUGCUGGCCCUGGCUUCGCUUCCUCUGCCAAUGUCAAGCCCCAAAUCAAUGCCAACCCUUUUCCUGCCUCCUCUGUUUCCGAAAUUCAGGUCUCUAACCAUUGCAUUAUGGCAAAGGGAGGAAUUUCAGAUUGCCAGCCAAUUGUGCCUGAUACAACACUGGAUUUUUCAAUUCCAGCAGAGUUUCCGAAAGGACAUAAAGUGAAAAGUGACGUACAUUCUUAUGAUGAUGUGAAAAUUAUACAAGAUGCAGCUUAUGACGCUAACAAUCUUGAGAUGCAAAUGCGUCGUUCUGAGGAAGUUGCUGACAAAAGCUUUCUACCUAGAAAAGCUAACAAGGAUGUUGGACAGGAUAAUCUUACAGAAGACAAGAGAGAUGCAUCCUAUUUGGUGGGAAUGGUAAGGACCUCAGAGGAUGGAUACAAUUGGAGAAAAUAUGGACAGAAGCAGGUUAAAGGUAGUGAAUAUCCUAGGAGCUAUUAUAAAUGUACCCAUCCUAACUGUCAGGUCAAGAAAAAGGUGGAACGAUCUCUUGAUGGCCAAAUAACUGAGAUUAUCUACAAGGGUACUCAUAAUCAUGGGAAACCUCAACCUAGUCGCCGACCAUCACUGGGCACAGCACUUUCUACUGAUGAGGUGUUAGACGGGGAAGGUGGCCGAAACUUUGUUAAAGCUGACGGUGGUUGGAGGAACAUUCACUCAGGGAUGAAGGAUAUAAAACAAAAUUUGGAUUGGAAGGCUGAUAAUCAGGAAAGGACAUCAUCAACUUCUGUUGUAACCGAACUCUCAGAUCUCGUAUCAACUAACAAGGGUAAACCUAUCAACAUGUUUGAGUCAGAGGACACUCCAGAGCUUUCUUCUACACUUGCUAGUCAAGAUGAUGAUGAAGAAGGAGCAACUCAAGGAAGCAUAUCACUUGAAGAGGAUGCAGAUGAUGAAGAACCUGAGUCAAAAAGUAGGAAGAAAGAGAGCUGCUUGAUUGAAUCAAAUUUUGCUUCUAGGGCUGUCCGUGAGCCAAGGGUAGUUGUCCAAAUUGAGAGUGAGGUGGACAUACUUGAUGAUGGUUAUCGCUGGCGAAAGUAUGGACAGAAAGUUGUCAAAGGAAAUCCAAACCCUAGGAGCUACUACAAAUGCACAAGUGCUGGGUGUCUUGUGAGGAAACAUGUGGAAAGGGCUUCACACGAUCUCAAAUUUGUAAUAACUGCUUAUGAGGGUAAACACAACCAUGAAGUGCCCACCGCCAGAAGCAGCAAUCAAAUGAGCUCGAGUGGUGCCUGUAUGCUUUCAAGUGCAGCCACUACACAAGCGGCUCUUGCACCACCUGGGAGUGUCAGUAUUCGAAAGCCGGAAAAUCAAGUUCAAAACACUGCAUCUCAUUUUGAUAGGAAGCCCGGUUUUAUUGGAGGUUUCGGCGAUGCGAUGAAAUUCGGGUCUUCCUCCUUAUGUCAGAUGAAGUAUACUCCCUUGAGCAAUACCUUGACUUACGGCUCUUGUGCUACUGCUCAACCCUGUUCUAUGACCUCUGUGUUCCCUGACUUUCCAGUGUCACUACCGUUGAACCUUCCCUCAUCUGGAGGUUUUCCUCCGGCUGGACUCAAUCUCAAUUGUGCAAGACCUGUGUCUUUUCUUUCAGGGCAGCUGCUUAAGGAGGUCGAUACAGGUUUCCUGAGGCCUAAACAGGAGCAUGAAGAUGCUAUUAUCUAUGAUGCCUGCAUGCCCAUCGCUGAUCAUGCCACUGCUUCCCUCACUCCAUCGUCGACAUCCACUUCAGUGUAUAAUCGGGUCGUGCACGGUUUCCCUCCAUAAUAUGUUUCAUAAACUACCAGCAGCAUGCAGUUCCAUUAGGUUUCAUAAGCAUUAUUGUCCCAAUUUUGGCAACAGUCUUUGAAUCUUAGCAAUGCAUACACUGUUUGCAUCUCAUGUCAUAGUUCAUUUUUUAUGUUUUAUUUUUUUUCCCAGUAAAUAUGAAUCACUCUUUUCGGCCAAAAAGCAAAAUUACCAUGUUUGGGCGUCAAUCGAAGAGGGGAUGCUGUAAUUUUCAAGAUGUGUUUGUCUGUGCCUUGUACAUAAUUUAUCAUUGAUUUGCUUGGUCUUAAUUUUAAGAUUACUAUGUUCUUUUAAAAAAA